AUGAACAUUAUGCAGCCAAUGCCGCUGUCGGUUGGUCGAUCGUCGGCAUUCAGUCGGCCAAGGUCCAUUUCGCCAAUCGACGUCGAGAACACCGCGGAGGACCUGUCGGCAAAGCGUGACGAAAUGUCACCGCCGCCGUCGCCGUGUUCCAGCGACCGUCUGUCACCGGAAGUGGAUACGACGGAUGCUGAUGUGUACAAUGGACGCGUGUGUGAAAGCUACAAAUCGAACACAACUUUUAAAACGCCGCUUCGUUUCGGUGUGGACUCCUUAAUAUCGCACACUCCUUAUUUAGACAAUUCUAAAACAAAAGAAAGUGCACGCUCUAAUACCAGUAGUCAUUGCGACACUCUUAGCAUUAGUUUUCCGUCUUCCAAACAUUCGCCGAACCAUUACUCACCACGUAACCGGGACUCAGACGGAAGUGACCAGCAUUCCUCCCGGUCGGAUACCUCUAGUCCACUGUCGUCGGCGCCGCCUUCACCGCCGCCGGCGCACCACAAAUCUCACAGUUCCUCCUUCAGUAUGGACGAGAUUCUCGGCAAAAGCCCGUCAUCGUCGUCCCGCCAUCCGGACACCUCCAGUCCGGCGUACGUGCCCAGCCCGGCGCAUGAGUCCCGGUGGCCAAGCAGCCUCGGCGUCGGCGCCGGAUUCCCCUGGUUACCAUCUUCUGGCAUUUCACCGCCUCCACGUCCAGUCAGCCCCCAUCGAAUCAACCCACAGAAGUGCACGCUCAGGAAGCACAAGACCAACCGGAAACCGCGAACACCCUUCACCACCUCGCAGUUGCUAGCGCUUGAGCGGAAGUUCCGCCAGAAACAGUACUUAUCGAUAGCGGAGCGCGCCGAGUUCAGUGCCUCGCUGAAUCUUACAGAGACCCAGGUAAAAAUCUGGUUCCAGAACCGCCGGGCCAAGGCGAAGCGGCUUCACGAAGCGGAAAUAGAAAAACUGAAAAUGGCGGCUAAGCCGAUGCUUCCGCCGGCGCUAGGAAUCACGUUUCCGGCCGCUGCCGCCUUGUAUGGGGCGCACCUUGGACGCUCUCAGAUUAUUUCGAACCCGUUCGGUUCCCCUUUCUCAUAUUCGGGGUAUCCGCCUACUUCCAUUUAUCACCACUGAGGUGCGCCAUAGGACAUAAGAACCAGUAGUCAAUGUGUGUCUGAACGACCUGUUCAAAGAAUAAGAAGUGCGAUUCGUAUCCGGGACAAAGCACUUGCUCGAUUACGUAAUUGUCGCGGAAACGCAUGCCAAUACGAACGGAAGCACUCUAUGAACACCCAUGAACAUGAUCGAGUGUAUUUUAUGCAAUGUGCUGCCGACUAGUAUGAUCCGAAAUAAUAUCCACAUAAAUUCUGUAUUUGUGAAAAGUGAACAUCAGAGUGAGUGGAUACGUACUUGACGUGUUUUACAGCUAGGGUAUUCCCGUACUUGGUUACUAAAACAGUAUUGACCAAUGAACUACAUGUAGGUCCAUGACGUCAUUGUUAGUUGUAUGUUAUUUUUGCAUUACGAGUUAUGCAUUAUUAUAUUAAUGUGUUUUUCUC